ACGAAAUUGUACGGAAAAUUCCGAGCUCACUACGCGCUUUCUACAUUAAAUGGAAAUAUGCGUUGUGCUGUCAAUAUCAGCGAGCUAAUAUAAGUACCGUUUUAUUUCAGUCAAGAUCGAGCUGGAUGUAGUUUUGACAAUCGACAAUGGAAGAUCUGGUGGUUGACCUUCGGAGAACGAAUGCUCCUCUCGGCUUUUCAUUUCGGUCAUUCAUGACUUGCAAGGAAAUUCAAGUACUAAGGAGUUGUAUUGACGUCAUUGAAUCACAGAUAGACCCGUUCUUUGUCGCAUACGUUCUAGUUAAUAACGGUUACAUUACAAAAGAGGUGUAUGACACAAUAACACACAUGGACAUUUGUCGAGAAGGUAGAUCUAGCAUCAUGGUUUGUCUUUUGAGAGAACUAACCAGUCGCCUGAGCCUGCAGACAUUGAUAAAGGUCCUGGAUGAAUUGUGUUACAAAGAGGUUGCAGCAAAACUACUGUUAGCUCUUUUCAAACAUCAAAAUGAAGCAGUGAGAGUUAGUGAGGUUUACAAAUCGACUUCUGGCAAACGCCCUAUGAUCCACACUUUCUUCCUAAACUUAAAAAGGAUGGUCCACGACGCACAGUUCAAUAACCCAAGGGAAGCGCUGCAGAAACUUGCGGACAGGUUUAUGAUGAAGAUGAAUAUGGAAACCAAUCUGGUUAAAAAACAAAUCUUCGCCGACAAAUGUGUUGCAAUAUUAGGAGCUGAAAUCGAUGCGAUUGCUAUCACAUUUGAUACGGAUUUACGAAACAGUAAAGUAUUUGAGGAGAUGAGAAGCCUUACAAUUAACUCAAGCAACACGAUGAUCACUGACGUGGUGUAUUACGGUCGCCUUGCAAACGCACAAUGCAUAGCUGGACAAUUUGAGGACGGUGAGAAUAUGUUGCGGGCUGCACGAAGCCAGGCUUACCACAUUGGACCCUGUUUAGAACUGGUCAACAUGUUGUACAUAGAAGUGUGUGUUAGGCUCUGGAAGUUUGAACACUCGCCGACCAUUGAACUAAGAAAGUCGCUCAUGCUUUACGGUCGUGCUGGCUUAGAAAGUCUUGAAGAAGAGGAUGUCGAUACUAAGACGCUAUGGAGACGAAUGUUCAUCCUCAGAAUGGUUUCCUGCUUGAUUGGGCUUGGAAAAAGGGCAAAUGUUAUCGAAAACUGUCCAUUAAGCGCAUGCGAUAUAGCUGAGGCUAAACUAUUACUUGCUGACAUCGAACCUUCAUUGGAUGAAAUGGAAAUCAGAAGAAAGAUGUUUUUCUUUGCUGCAAAAGCAAGAAUAGCUGAACUAACCAAACAUAAAGAAGACUGUUUAACUUAUUUGCAUAAAGCCGCAUUCAUGGCUCGACAAGGGCAAUUUGAGGAGUUGAAAUUUAUUGUGGAAUUCUUAAAGCGAAUGACUGAUUCAACAAUUCACAAUACCGAACUUUCGGUAUUAACGUUUAACAUCAGACAUCCAAACGAGAGAGACCGAUUUAAUGUUGACGCUAUGGAUUACUCCCAAAGUAAUGUUGUUGUUAGCAGAGUGUCUCCAAAAGGCAAUACAAACAGUGAAAACUUAAAACAACUAAGGAUGUUCGCAGAAACAACUGGUAUAGAACCUAAUAGAUUGCAAAACAUUCAGGUCGCAUAUUCAAAAGAAAACACUGUUAUACUUAUUCAGUCAGAAUUUGACGCUGCCACUCCGCAGUUAUUCACAUCUCAAACGCAUCCGUUAAAUGUUACUGAUUUAAAGAGCGAAACCUUCCAGCGUCCUGGUCAUUCUAAGAUGGCAGGUGCCUUUUUCUUGGUAAGUCAAGAAAAUUCAGAUCUGGUAUCGUCUGAGCAACCGCAAUGCUUCCUGCAAGAACAUGCGUCUAUAGCCCGGACGAACAUAAACGCCAUGAAAAAUUUGGAUAUUAAUAACGCCAAGCCAGUCAAGUCUUUGGAGUCAACUUGCGAGCAGUAUGUUAUUCUUACCCCUUCAUCAUUUGAACGCGAUUUGUACGACAUAAGAUCAACUCACAAUGAACCGAUGUUAUUUCAGCAAACAUACCUCAAACAAAGGUAUCAAGAAAAUUGCACGCCGGUAUUACCGCAUCGUGAAGAGUAUGGCACGCUGCACAAAGAAACAGAGGCGCACAGGCCUUUGGAUACAAAAGAACCUUUCAGAAAUGAUAAGAGUGUGCUGCAAAGUGACGGAAAGUGGCAUCAGUUUUCAGGUACAAUAUCUGAACCAACAAAUGAUUUGGAAAACAUCACAUAUAAACAUAUUGAAAACUAAUUGUAUGAUUCGUAAAAGGAACGGCUAACAUUUACCAAUGAUAAAAUUGGAUUAAGAUCAAACCAAUGCGACUGGUAUGUACAGCAACUGGCAGAAGCUACCUAUAUACGAACGAGAUCUGUUCGAACAAUCAGAAGAAAGUCUAAUGAAACUGCACUUCAACAAGGAGAAACAUCUUUAAGUGAAUUGAUUUGAUUUUGUAGAAAGUGAUUUAAACUUGGAGUCAAUGGCACACACAUAGUGAACGACGUUAAAUCAAUUCACAAACAUUUGUUUACGAUGCGAAAAUAUGCAUUGCUUCAGACAUGAUAUAAAUACCAAUGACAUCGGAAACGCUGGCGCAAGACCAAUGGAAGAUACUCAUAUCAACUAAAUCGAAUGAAUUUUCGACAAACGAUUACCAGGAAAUAUCGAAUAGUGAAAGACCAGAGAUGUCUGGAGAGACAUCAUUUGAAGUAAUGUGAGUGCCAAUUCGUUCUUCUUCGUGUGCUUCUAUUGGUCACGAUGAAAGAUCGGCAAUUUAUAGACAAUCCUCAUCCGAGGUACUUAGCGUGGAAAUCGAUCUCGUUUGUUUACUAGACAAGCUCUUUCAAGCUCAUUAGAUGAGCACCCGGAGUCAAAGGGUCCAUGAAAAGUGUAGGCAAUAAUUACGCUGUAAACAAUGCACAUUUAGGUAUGUCAGAAAACUGGUCUCUGAUGAGUGGGGAGUUAUUUGGAGAUUAGAUCACUGGAUUUAUUUAUAAAUUAAUUAAUUCGAGUCACUUGUGUUAUUUAUCACUUUUGUUUGAUAACAGAGCAGCGCUUUUUGCAUGUAUAACAUGAUUUUUAAAUUUAAUAUGCAACACAAAGUGCAUAUUUAA